AUGUGGUGGAGGAGGUGUGGUGCGGUGAGGCAGAGGAGGUGCGGUGUGUGGAGGAGGUGCGGUGUGUGGAGGAGGUGUGGUGGUGGAGGAGGUGUGGUGUGUGGAGGAGGUGAUGUGGUGGAGGAGGUGCGGUGUGUGGAGGAGGUGCGGUGUGUGGAGGAGGUGUGGUGUGUGGAGGAGGUGUGGUGUGUGGAGGAGGUGCGGUGUGUGGAGGAGGUGCGAGGAGGUGCGGUGAGGCAGAGGAGGUGUGGUGGUGGAGGAGGUGUGGUGUGUGGAGGAGGUGUGGUGUGUGGAGGAGGAGGUGUGGUGUGUGGAGGAGGUGUGGUGUGUGGAGGAGGUGAUGUGGUGGAGGAGGUGUGGUGUGUGGAGGAGGUGAUGUGGUGGAGGAGGUGCGGUGUGUGGAGGAGGUGUGGUGGUGGAGGAGGUGAUGUGGUGGAGGAGGUGUGGUGUGUGGAGGAGGUGUGGUGGUGGAGGAGGUGUGGUGUGUGGAGGAGGUGCGGAGGUGCGGUGUGUGGAGGAGGUGAUGUGGUGGAGGAGGUGUGGUGUGUGGAGGAGGUGUGGUGUGUGGAGGAGGUGUGGUGUGUGGAGGAGGUGAUGUGGUGGAGGAGGUGUGGUGUGUGGAGGAGGUGCACCUGUCUGAGGAGGCGCUCCCGCUCCUCCUGA